AUGAUCCCCACUAUGGAUACUCCGUCGUCGGGUACCGCAACACCAGUCGAUGUGGAAAAUGGUGUCAAUGGAAUUCGAAAGAGACUUACCAUCACUUUUCGUGACUUGAAUGUCAGGGUGACAGCACCAGAUGCCGCCCUCGGGACUACUUUAUGGUCCCGGGUCGACCCUCGUCAGCUUUCAGGCCUAUUCAAACGAGACCAACGCCCCAAAAGAACGAUUUUGAAAGAUGUGUCUGGUCAGGUGAAGCCCGGAGAAAUGCUUCUGGUUCUUGGACGCCCGGGAUCUGGAUGUACUUCGCUUCUGAGGGUCCUCUCCAACGACCGAGGUACCUUCGAUGAAAUUAGUGGCGAGACUCGAUAUGGAAGCAUGGAUCAUAAAGCUGCCGAGCAAUUCCGUCAACAGAUCAUGUUCAAUAAUGAGGAUGAUCUUCAUUUCCCUACGCUUACCGUGAAUCGGACUAUGAAAUUCGCUUUGCGUAACAAAAUUCCCAAUGAGCGGCCCGAGGGACUCCGCAACCGGAAGGAUUUCGUGCUGGAAAAGCGAGAUCAAAUCCUCGACUCAUUGGGUAUUGGACAUACAAAAAAGACCCUUGUUGGUAACGAGUUUAUUCGUGGAGUCUCUGGAGGUGAGCGCAAGCGUGUUUCGCUGGCUGAACUCAUGGCGGGCCAGAGCCCGGUCCAGAUGUGGGACAAUCCAACGCGUGGUCUGGAUUCUAAGGCUGCCGUGGAAUUUGCUCGGAUGCUACGGCGAGAAGCUGAUGAGAAUGACAAGACAAUCAUUGCAACAACCUACCAGGCAGGAAAUGGCAUCUUUGAUGAGUUUGAUAAGGUUCUCGUUCUCGCUGAUGGCAGAGUUACCUACUAUGGUCCACGUGAGCUAGCGAAAGCCUACUUUGAGGAUAUGGGCUUCACGUUCCCCAAGGGAGCGAACAUUGCUGAUUACUUGACAUCAGUCACUGUAAUGACCGAGCGCAUUGUUCGUCCCGGUUGGGAGGAGAAGGUACCAAAUACACCGGAAGAGUUUGAAUCACGAUACCAGAGUAGCCCAAUCUGUCGGGCCCAACUGGAUACCAUCGAAUCCCCGGAAAAGCUAGGUUAUGAGACAGAGGAUCUCAAAGUCGCCGUUUCGAGCGAGAAAAGAAAGCAGCAUCUUCCCCGCGAACAAAGUGUCUACACUGCCGGUCUAUGGAAUCAAGUUGGCUCCUGCACAGUUCGCCAAUUUCAGAUCAUGUGGGGAGACAAGUUCUCCUUGCUCGUCAGAGUUUGUUCAGCCAUCAUCCAGGCUCUAGUGUGCGGGUCUCUCUUCUACAAUCUCGCCGAUGACAGUUCUUCCAUUUUCUUGCGCCCGGGAGUCCUCUUCUUUCCAGUGCUUUACUUCUUGCUAGAGUCAAUGUCUGAGACCACCGGCUCGUUCAUGGGGCGUCCCAUUCUCUCUCGUCAAAAACGAUUCGGAUUUUACCGACCGACUGCCUUCUGUAUCGCCAACGCGAUCACAGAUGUCCCAGUGGUUAUCAUUCAGGUUACCUGCUUUUCGUUGAUCUUAUACUUCAUGUCGGCAUUGCAGAUGAAUGCUGCACGAUUCUUCACCUUCUGGAUCAUCAUCAUCGUGCAAACCCUUUGUUUUAUUCAGCUUUUCCGCGCGGUUGGUGCGCUCUGCAAAAGGUUCGGAGAUGCAUCCAUGAUCAGUGGACUUCUUUCGACCGUGUUCUUUGUCUACGGAGGUUAUUUGAUUCCAUUCCAAAAGAUGCACGUUUGGUUCCGCUGGAUCUUUUACCUUAACCCAGGAGCUUACGCAUUUGAGGCACUGAUGGCAAAUGAGUUUGUUGGACGUGAGCUCAAGUGCAUUGAGCCUGAUUAUAUCCCUUACGGCAAAGGCUAUCCAAGUUCAGUGUCCCAAUACCGGGGAUGCUCUGUCCCUGGAAGUACUGAUGGAGUAAUCAACGGAGCCGCCUAUAUUCGAGAGCAAUAUAGCUACUCCGAUGGCCAUAUCUGGCGUAGCUUUGGAGUGAUUGUGGGUUUCUGGUUUUUUUUCAUUGCAUUGACAUCAAUUGGCUUUGAGCUAGUCAACAGCCAAAGCGGGUCUUCCGUGCUGCUAUAUAAGCGUGGUAGCGAGAAAGUACGACGGAGAGAUGUGGAAAUGUCUCCUUCCAGCAAGCAGCCAACUGAUGCGGCCGCCUUGUCCGGUUCGCUUAAGCAGUCGACUUUCACCUGGAAUAACCUCGACUAUCAUGUGCCCUUCCACGGGGAGCAGAAACAGCUUUUGAACAAAGUAUUCGGCUUCGUCAAGCCUGGAAACUUGGUUGCAUUGAUGGGUGCCUCGGGUGCUGGAAAGACUACCCUAUUGGAUGUGCUUGCGCAGCGGAAAGAUUCUGGAGAGAUUAACGGAUCCAUUCUCAUUGACGGUCGGCCUCAGGGUAUCAGUUUCCAACGCACGACCGGUUACUGUGAACAACAGGAUGUGCACGAGAGUACCGCAACGGUCAAAGAGGCGCUGGUCUUUUCGGCCCUUCUCCGUCAACCUUCCACUGUCUCUGAGGAUGAAAAGAUUGCAUACGUCGACCAUAUUAUCAAUCUACUGGAGCUUGAAGAGAUCAGCGAUGCUCUCAUUGGAGUACCUGGAGCUGGCUUGAGUAUCGAACAACGGAAGCGUGUGACCUUGGGUGUUGAACUCGUAGCUAAACCUACCCUACUGUUCUUGGACGAACCGACUUCAGGUCUUGAUGGUCAGAGUGCGUACAACAUUGUGCGCUUUCUUCGGAGGCUCGUGGAAGGAGGGCAGGCUAUUUUGUGUACCAUUCACCAGCCAUCCGCUGUUCUAUUUGACGCAUUUGAUGGCCUCUUGCUACUCGCAAAAGGUGGUAGGAUGACCUAUUUCGGUGAAACUGGCAAGGACUCUGGGAAGAUUUUGGACUACUUUUCUCGUAACGGUGCACCCUGUCCACCAGAUGCUAACCCGGCCGAACACAUCAUCGAGGUGGUACAAGGGGGUACAACUCAGCAGAUUGACUGGGUUGAUAUUUGGAAUCAAUCUCCUGAGCGCAAACAGGCUUUGGAAGAAUUGGAAUCUCUCAACGCGGCCGGUCUACACAACCCUGACUAUGUGGAGGAUACUGCCGAUUACGCUACUUCGCACUGGUACCAAUUCAAAUUGGUGGCAAAGCGUCUGAGUAUUCAAAUUUGGCGCUCUCCGGAUUAUAUGUGGAACAAGAUAAAUCUUCAUAUCUUCGCGGCACUGUUCAGUGGUUUCACCUUUUGGAAUCUUCAAGAUGGUACUUUCUCUCUCCAACUGCGGCUUUUCGCCAUCUUCAACUUCAUUUUCGUUGCACCGGGAUGCAUCAACCAAAUGCAACCUUUCUUCCUGCACAAUCGGGAUAUUUUCGAGACCCGCGAAAAGAAGUCCAAGACAUAUCACUGGAUUGCCUUCAUUGGUGCUCAAGCAGUAACUGAAAUCCCGUAUCUCAUUAUCUGUGCCACGCUUUACUUCGUUUGCUUCUACUUCACAGCAUCAUUCCCCGUUACUUCUAGUAUUUCCGGUCAAUUCUUUCUCCAGAUGAUCUUCUACGAGUUCCUAUACACAUCGAUUGGUCAGGCUAUUGCGGCAUAUGCUCCCAAUGAGUACUUUGCUGCCGUGAUGAACCCAGUAUUGAUCGGAGCAGGCCUGGUUAGCUUCUGUGGAGUUGUGGUUCCAUAUGCUUCAAUGCAGGCCUUCUGGCGCUAUUGGCUCUAUUACCUUGAUCCCUUCACAUACCUUGUCGGUGGACUUUUGGGUGAGGUGCUCUGGGAUGUCAAGGUUCAAUGUGAGCCCUCGGAGUAUGUCACGUUCAGUGCCCCGUCUGCCCAGACCUGUGGCGAAUAUAUGGCCGACUUUCUUUUGUCGGAACCUGGUUACUUGCUGGACUCAAACGCGACUGGCACAUGCUCCUUCUGCCAAUAUUCUACCGGUGCAGACUACGCAAAAACCUUCAAUAUCAAGGAGAAAUACUACGCAUGGAGAGAUACUGGAAUCACGGCAUUGUUCUGCAUCACAUCUUAUGCCUUGGUUUUCACAAUGAUGAAGCUUCGAAGUAAGAAAACAAAGAGUGCUCGCUCUGAAUAG